AUGGCCUCGGAGGAGGACAGUCGUUCCAUGGCCGGCGGCGAGCCUAAGGUGUCGGGGGCGCCGGUUCCGGCGCCAGCGAAGGGGAGGAUUUUGCACUUACAAAUGUGCAGGCUUGUGGGGAAGAUUGCGCUGAUCACAGGAGGAGCAAGUGGGCUUGGGAAGGCGACGGCCCGUGAGUUCAUCCAGCAGGGCGCCGCCGUAGUCAUCGCCGACGUCUACUCAAAGCUGGGCCUUCAAACUGCCGGGGAACUCGGCCCUCAGGCCCACUUCGUCCACUGCGAUGUCACCGUCGAGGAGAGCGUCGCCGGGGCCGUGGGCGUCACGCGGUCUGGCCGGCUCGACGUCAUGCUCAACAGCGCCGGCGUCGCCGGCUCGUUGGCCGGCACGUCGAGGAUGGCCGAACUGGACCUGGCGCAGCUCGAUGCCGUCAUGGCCGCGAACUCAUGGGCCUACCUAGACUACCCUUUGGGCCCACCACUACCGAUGGUGGUCGAGCAAUUCUCGACUAUGCUCGGCGGCGCCGCCGACGAAGAGCAGGUGGCGGCGAUCAUUAGGGGUCUAGGCGAGCUGAAAGGCGCGACAUGCGAGGUGGUGGACGUGGCGAGGGUCGCUGUGUACCUGGCCUCUGACGACGCCAAGUACGUGUCCGGGCACAACCUUGUGGUUGACGGCGGAUUCACGAGCUACAAACACCUGAACCUUCCCUUCCCUACCAAGCCACAGGAGUGA